AAAUAACAAGGAACAUGGCGGUGCUAAUUUUGUGUUCUGUAAAAAACAUAAAGAAUUAUACUAAUAUCGACUGAAAUAUGCCCAAUUGGUUAAAUAAAAUACUUAAAUUAUAGUCUAUAAAAAUUUGGUUAAAAGAAUUUUGCACGUAUGCCAUAGAUACUAAAGAAAAAUAUAUUUUUAUUGAUAUUAACGGGACUUUUAUUAAAGUUGGCAACACUGAUGCUUUAGUUUGGAUUUGGUCUUGGACUUGAUUCUUCAGUGUCAGUUUUGACGCCCUGAAAAAUAUCAAAAUUUUUGAUUAUCCCAAGCGGAUGAAAGUAAAUAUGAUUCCUCUUCGGUAUACGAGGAAUUUGAUUCUUCGUGCUCUGUGUGUCGUGUAUCUGUCGGCUUUUUUGUCAUUCUACGCACAAAUACCGGGAUUGUACGGCGACAAUGGCAUCGUUCCUGCUCGGACGUUUCUGGAAAACACCAAGCACGAAUCGCUCGCCUGGAAAAUCCACCAUCGUCCCACUCUGUUGUGGUUAACACCCUUUUUGGGACUGGACGUCACGUCGGGUUUGGACGUACUAGCGCUCACCGGGGCCUUCUUGGCCUUCACCGGAGUUAUCAGCCAGAAGUUCUGCACGAUACCGUUAUUCGCCGGCCUCUGGUCGCUUUACUUCUCUCUGCAUCAAAUCGGAAGGACUUUCGCUGUCGUUUUCGAUGAAUUUCUACUGGAAACCGGUUUCCUGGCGGUGUUCGUGGCUCCUCUGCUGCCGGGCCGCAGGGGCUCCAGAGGGGCUCCGCACAACAGCAUCUCCUUCUGGAUGAUCAAGUGGCUUCUGUUCAGGUUUCUCGUAGUCGGCGGAUUCGUCAAGCACUUGAGCGGCGAUUCGGUUUGGUGGACUUUAAAAGGUUUGAUUCGCUAUUACGAAACCAUACCGUUACCGUCUCCUCUUUCUUGGUAUGUAUACGGUUACAUACCCGAAUGGGGAAUGAAAUUCGCAAUGGUAUUCACGAACGUGGUGGAAAUCGCCCUGCCCUUUUUGUACUUCCUUCCCAUCAGAAGCGUCAGGAUUACGGGAUUCUUUUUACACCUGUACCUCCAAUUGUGCAUCUUAUUGACGGGAAACUUCGGCAUAUGGAAUAUACUGAUGAUGACUCUAUCGUUGGCUUUGCUCGACGAUCAUUUCUUCUACAAGCGAAAGACCUCCGCUGGUAAAGGCCGGACGAUUUUGAGUUUGAUUUUCAACGUCGGUAUACACGCUCUAAUCGCCUACGGGGCGUUCAAACUCUUCUCGUUGAAGCUCGACGGAUCGAAAAUCGCAUCUAAUUUCGCUAUUACGAAGAAUUAUUUGGAGAAAUACACCACCGAAUUGAUCUUGUACAUCGUUUACUACGGUUUGGUCACGUUGGCUGCGACCGUUUUAUACGCCAUAUCCAACGCGCUCUUCGAUAAACGCCAAUCGACCAGUAACAAACUCGUAGCUUUGAUGACGACUUUGUUUUACGCCACGAUCGCCAUUCUCGUGUUUCUCGCCAGUACGGUACCGAUCGCCUCGUUGAGCCCCAUGACGAAUUCCACGGUGAAUCCGACCGUUCGAAUGGUGUACAAUCGAUUGCACAAAUUGAACGUGGUGAAUCAUUACGAGAGCGUCGCCAACAAAUUCCCAUCGACUCCGGGCCGCUACGAGAUCGUCUUCGAAGGGGCCGAUAACGUGGAGGGGCCGUGGAAGGAGUACAACUUUUUGUACAAACCCGGUAAUCCCAAUUCGUCGUUGCCGUUCGUGGCCCCGCAUCAGCCUCGUCUGGAUUGGCAUCUGGCCAAAGCGGCUUACGAGCCGUACGAACGACAUCCUUGGGUGCUGUCGUUCGUCCACCGGAUUUUAGAGCACCAGAACGACGUGCUGGCGUUGAUCGAUUUCAGGGAUUCGCCUUUCAGAAGGAGCGCCCCCAAAUAUUUGAGGGCUUUGCUCUACAAGUACGAGUACACGGGCGUGGAUAAAAGAAACGAAAGAGCUUGGUGGAAGAGAACGAAAUUAUCCGAAUACGUUCCGGCUUUAACCAAAGAUUCGCCAUUCCUGCUGGACUUUUUGAAAGCCAGGCAUCUUUUGCCUGCGAAGGCGGUUAAACCGGCGGGGAAUUCGGCGUGGAAGAAAGUUUUGAAUUCCAUUCGUUACGUCAUCAAUCAUUUGGAAUCGACUUUGCUAUUUUGGUCGGUCCUUUCGGCCGGUCUGGCCAUCAUUUCGACCAAAAGUUCCAAUACGGGAGUCGCGAAAUAAGUUAUGCCUCUUUUUUUUUAAUUUUAAUUUUAUUUUUAUUUUAUUUUUAUAUUAUUUUCAGUUUUAUACUAGAUACUAAUUUUUUUGUACGUUUAUUUUAUUUCCUUCCAUUAUUUCGUGUGUCUUUUUGCGAAUCUCUUUUUUUUUGUAAUAAAAAUGUUUACUUGUUUUUUGAUUAUUGAAUAAAAUUUACGAACGAUCUGAUUAAUA